GAGCAGUUGAGCACUCGCCCUGAGGCUCAUUAUUUGAGACCGAUCGUUGACACUGUGUGGUACCCAGAGCUGCCACCAACGGUUAUCCAAAUUUGGUAUCUCACAUUACCUUUUGGAGGCAUCAACACAUCCCAAAAAUCACACAAAAAUGACAGACCGUCCAUCUUCAAAGCGACAUGCAUUCUUCGAACCGAACUUGGAGAUUUCCCCACAGGAUGUCGAAUAUUUUGCCUCCCUCCCAUUUGCUGCACCCUAUCUGAGCAGCCCAUUGUACGAGCCGGUUCCAUUCGUCACCCGAUAUGAUGCAAAGGGCACCUCCAACAAGUUCUUCAGUAAGGUGAUAAAUACCGCUGAUACAAUCCCACAUUUGUUGUCCCUGGCUCGAAUGCCAGGCUCAAAGCCAAACCAGAUUCCAGAUCAACGUGACGAUGGAGCUCCAGAUUUCGUGGUUUUCGUUUCUCUAGGCCCGGAUCUGUGCGGAUUCCAGGAUACAGUCCACGGGGGAGUCUUGGCUGCCCUGCUUGAUGAGGCUUUAGGCUUGUGUGCUGAGUCCACAGAGUUGGUGUCAAAGGGUCAUACGCGGUUGUACACCGCUGGCCUUGAGAUUUCGUAUCGCUCUCCUGUGCAGGCGCCGAGCGUCGCUAUGAUCAAGACAUGGGUCACGAAGAGGCAGGGCAGGAAGUGGUUCUUGGAAGCACAGGUUCUUGACCAAGAUGGCUCGGUAAAGGUAGAGGCUAAGACGUUGUAUAUCAGCUCGAGAGUUGAUGCUGGAUUAUAAUUCCUAGGCGCCACUCAUGAGUCACUGGAGGCUUGUGAACUCCUAGCAAGGAAGCUUCUAUUUGGGAACAAUAAGCCCGCUUCCUACCUGUAUGAUAUUAUCGGCAUCGGGCAUUGUUGUUUGGCGUAUGUGUCUUGUAACCAGCCUUGCCAUUGUAGUCAUACAUGUGUUUAGCGAUCAAAAC